AUGGACAUAAAGGAUACUGAGGAUAUUAAACAGUUUAUGAAAGAGCUGAUACCGGAGACAUUUAUUCUGGAUGAUAUCCAAGAAAGCAAGGAACCAUGUGGAAACGUCAUAGCACUCAAGGAUAAAAGGCGAAUUACAAUUAACCUUGUUCAUCAGCUUGAAGCCCGAUUGAUGUUGGUUAAGUCUUGGAUUAAUGGAAAUGAAGAUCAAUUGUCAAAGGACAUUGAAAAUGGAACUGCUAAUCAAGAAAAUACUUCCAGUAAGAAAAAAGAAUGUGAACAAAUUGCCCAAGAAAUCAGACAUUAUUGUGAUAAAUUAGAAACUGAGUAUGAAAUCUUGCAGUUGAAGGAGAAACUUCUUAUUGAGAAAGUGAGUCAAAUUAAACUGCAGUCAGAAAAAUGUGAACAUCUCAAGCAAGAGAAGUGGGGUAAAAUGGUUGACAUUUUGGGACCCAACAUGCCUCAACAGCUGUCUAACUUUGAUGAACAGUUGAAACUAAAAGUGGAGAAUGCCCAACAAGUGUACAAGACAAGCCGUACGAAUCUGAAAUCUCUGAAAGUCAAAGUCUGUGAAUUGAAGACAUCUUGUGAAGAACUUUUGCAGAAAUUGCAGCAAAAAGAAGAAGAAUAUAAAAUAUUAAAAAAAGAACAAGAUGAAAAGACAUCACGAGUGCAAGCUGAUUUUGACAUAAGUGAGAAAAUGAUAAACAUCUACCAAACAUUCUCAAAUGUGUCCAUUGAAAAAUCUGGGAAAAACUUUAUUCAAGUUAAAAUGACAAGUGAAAUUGGAGAAGCAAAAAGUCUUUUAGUGACAUUAUAUUUCAAACCAUCUGACUACCAAGGAAUAUUACUCAGUGAUAUUCAUGUAAGCAACAAUAAUUUGUAUAUAACAGACUGUGUGGAAAAUGUCAGAUCUAUUCAGAACAUACCUGCUUGUUUGAAUAGCAUAAAGGAACGUUGGCAUUAUUAUCUUCGUAUGGCUGAACAUCUAAAGGAUAUUCAAGAAAGGUUGCCAGUUGAUUGGAUCCAACAAGAAAAUAAACUUCGGGUGGUUGUGGGUAAAAAUGCCAAUAUUAUCUGCACUUUGCAACUACCUUCUGCUUACCAGAGUUGGGUCUCACUUUUGAAUGUCAAAGGUGGUGAUAGUCAAAUUAAAAUUGAUCUCCUCAAGCCCUCCAAUCCAAAAGCUUCACUCCAAGAAUGGAUACAAUAUCUUGAAGAAAAAUUCAGUUAA